AUGGAUGUGUCAGGAGGUCUUUCACUGGUGCAGACCGUCCUCCAACUGCUGGGUUCUCCCAUUUGGAUGGAGAUUCAAGCUGUGUUGGGUGUAGAGUCCCAACUUGACAAACUCAAGGUCACCAUGUCCACCAUCCAGAACGUCCUCCUUGAUGCUGAAGUUCAAGAGCGACUGCACCAUGGUCAUCGCAGUAACGUCGAACGUAGCAGACUUGAGGGGCUUAAAGAAGCCCUUUACCAAGCCGAUGACUUGCUUGACGAGGUUCAUUCUGCUUUUACAUGGUCUCGAGAGAUCAAGAAUAUUGGGGAGGAAUUGGAUGACAUUGUCAAAGAUCAUCAACAUGUCUUUGGCUUAACAUAUCCAGUUGGUCUCGAGCACAACCGGGUGAGAAAGAAUCCUAGAGAAACACACUCUUUUGUGUCCGAGGAGGAAGGUGUGAUUAUUGGGAGAGAUGAUGAUAAGAAAACAAUUAUAAAAAUGGUACUGAACGCUACUAUUGGGGAAGAUCUUUCUAUUAUCAGCAUAGUUGGGAUUGGAGGGAUGGGAAAGACAACUCUAGUUGGACUUGUUUAUAAGGAUGAGGAGAUCUGUAUGAAAUUCCCUCUAAAAAUGUGGGUUUGUAUCUCUAAUGAUUUUGAUGUGAAAGCGCUUGUUGGUGAAAUCCUUGCAGUUUUAAAGCCUGAAUUCAAGCAAGAUGGCCUGAAUUUGGACAUGCUCCAGAUAAAGCUUCGGAAAGAACUUGAUGAGAAGAAGUAUCUCCUAGUUUUGGAUGACGUAUGGAAUGAGGAUCCGAGUAAGUGGCAUGAAUUGAGAAAACUAUUAAUUGGAGGUGGGAGGGCUAGCAGAAUUCUAGUGACUACUCGCUCCAAAAAAGGUGGCAGAAAUUGUCGAAAGCCCACAAAUACAUGUAUUGGAGGGCCUUUCUAGGAAAACUCUUGGAAUUUAUUCCAGAGAAUGGCACUUAAACCAGAGGAAUUUUCAGUGAAGCCACACUUAGUGGAAAUCGGAAAAGCGAUACCCCAUAAGUGUGCCAACGUCCCACUUGCCAUAAGGGUGCUUGGAAGUCUUCUUCGAGGUCAGGGUGAAAGUAUGUGGCAGUAUUUGAAAAACACCGACUUGAUAAACAUAAAACAAGAUGAGAUCAAUGGUAUUUUACCUGUUUUGAAGAUUAGUUAUUACUAUCUUCCGUUCCAUUUAAAGAGUUGCUUCAGUUACUGUUCUAUAUUCCCAAAGGAUUAUAUUAUUGACAAGGAGAAGUUGAUCUGUCUUUGGAUGGCACAAGGCUUCAUUAUACCAUCAGACGGAGAUAGUUUUGAAGAUGUAGGGGAGGAGUAUUUCACGCAAUUACUACAAAGGUGCUUCUUCCAAGAUGUACAACGAGACGAGGAAACUAAUGAAAUUGAAUCAUGCAAAAUGCAUGACCUGAUUCAUGAUCUUGCUAGUGAAGUAGCAGGAACAGAAAUUGUAUCGUCCAAGUAUAAAACAAGGGGUUUUAGAACAAAAACUCGUCAUAUAUUUAUUGAUGAAAUUACCAACACCCUUGAAGAUGUUUAUAGUGACUUCACCAAGAUGAAAAGGAUGCAUACAAUUUUCAGAAGUAUUGAGUUCCGCUAUUCAGGAAAUGGGGUCGAGUUCUCAAAAUUAAAAUAUAUAAGGGUAUUAGACUUGAAGUCUUCUGAUUUGGAAUCAUUGCCGAGUGAUAUAGGUAAAUUGUUGCAUCUAAGAUAUCUUGACCUCUCACAUAAUUCUAAGCUCUUUAUGUUGCCCACGUCCAUUACCAAACUUUACAACUUGCAAACAUUGAUCUUAAGUCAUUGUCAUAGUCUAAAAGCUUUUCCAAGGGACUUGAGCAAACUUGUUAAUCUUAGGUACCUAAAUAUACGUGGUUGGAGGGAAUUGAUUCAUAUGUCUCUGGCUAUGACAUCUCUGCAAACGAUGAAUGGGUUUGUAAUGAAAGGAACAAGCAAAGGUUGGAAUUGGGAGUUACCUCCUCGUUGUUCUGUGUCUUCUGACCGUCCACAUAUUUUCAUGAAUAAUAAACACGCUAUGGUAAUUUACCAUGUUACAGAAGAUGCAGUAGAUGUUAGGGAAGUGGGAUUUCUGUUAAAAAGUCGACAUUUGAGGAUAAUCAGGAGUGAGGAAGUGGAGUAUAUUGAGACUAGUAAUGUUAGUGAAGAAGGGGUUGCAACAACAUCAUCAGGAAGGUCAACACAAGGUGGACCAGAUCAUGACUUGAUUUUCUUUCUAGCCCUUGAAGAGCUUGUGUUGAAUGUGUUACCAAAAUUGAGGGAAUGGAGGAAAACAGAAUCAGAAUCAGAAUCAGGGAAGGCUGAGACAAAAGAAGCGAUAGGGUUUAAAUCAAAUUCAUACUCAUUUCAUCAGCUUUCUUAUUUGGUUAUUUCGCAUUGUGAUAGUUUGAGAAACUUUCCCCACUGUCUGAAACUGGAAGAAUCGAACAUUGACCUGAAAGAAAUUAGAAGUCGGAAUUAG